AGCGCUCUGGGACAUCAAACUCCCUGGCUCUACCCUUUCAAUUCUGUUCUAGGAGGGAGGCGUCAAGGCGGAAGUCGCCUUGCUGCUGUUGACAGAAAUCCUUUGUUGGUUAUCACUUGAAGAUUUCAUGGCUUUCUACCUUUUCCUGUGAGACUCCAACUGAGACAGUUUGCCACAUGACAUCCAAAUCAAGGUCUUAAUCUGGGUAGCUCAGGCCCAUUGCCUCCUCCCCAACAUCCCAGACAGGGUUUUUAUCUCUGCACUUUUCAAGUACAAGAUGGAGAAGGGGAUAGCAGAAGUAUCAGGCAUACUUGCAGCUCCACUGGGCCAACUAGAGACUGAACUAGAAGUGGAGACCACGAUUAAAAUGGAGGAAGUUCUACUCCUUGAACCCAGGAUGAGAUCUGAAGAGGUUCCUCAUGUCAUUCAGGCCGGGAGUAUUAAAGCAUUCCUCCAUCGGGCCUCAGGAAAGCAGUUUCCUGAAACUCCGGGUGAAGGGCGCCUUCAAGAGUGGGAGACCCAGUGGCAGGAGUUCCUGAAGACGCUGGAAUCUCCUGGUUUGGGCUGGGAGGGCCCACAGUCCCUGCAGGUAGAGCCCAACCCGUGGGAUGAUGCCUCAACCUUCCUGGCCUCUUUUGAGCAAGUGGCCACGGCCUUCCGGUGGCCCAAGGAAGAGUGGGCGGCCCGAAUCCUCCCGGCGCUUGGAGACGAAGGAAAGGAGGCCAUCAGAAGCGUGGAGGCCCAGGAUAGAAGGGAUUACGGGAAAGUCAAGGCGGCCAUUUUGCGCAGGGACACCUUCAGCAGGGAGAGGAAGCGGCAACAGUUCAGGCAUUUCAGCUACCAGAAGGAUGAGGGGCCGAGAGGGGCUCACAUGCAUCUCCAGGAGCUUUGCAAGCAUUGGCUCAAAGUCGACAGAUGCUCCAAGGAGCAGAUCUUAGAGCAGCUGAUCUUGGAGCAGCUCCUGGCUGUCCUGCCUCCCGAAAUCCAGGGCCAGGUCAGGGAACACGUUCCAGAGACCUGCAUCCAGGCAGUGGCCCUGGCUGAGGAUUUCCUUCUGAUGCAGCAGGAGAAAUGCGAGCCACAGGAGCCCAGCAGAGUAAGUGUGUCUUUGCCUACAGCAGAGGAACAACUCCAGGCUUCAGAGCUGACAGAGAGUUGCAGAGAGGACAGCGGGGAGACCAGCAACCCUGAGAAUAUUGACGCUUUAUUGGUGGAUCCAAUUCUGUAUGAUCCAGUGACAGAUGAUGAAGAUGAUAGCAAUGAGCAAGAUUUUCCUUUGCAAAUGGAGCCGCCAGAUCCCUCACCACAAAGGACAGAACAUGCAGUCUCCCCAUCUUUGCAACAGUCAGAAGCUUCUGGAAGUUGUAAUGAGCCAGUAAUGACGACAAAGAAAAGCUCGCCCAAAAAAGCUGUCAAGAAACUGAAUAAUUUGAAGCAGGAAAAUGGGGGAACCAAGAAAGCAACAGCAUCUUCCUCAAAGGGCAGGAGCUUAAAAGAGAAAGAUCCCACUUAUUCCCCCAUUCAAUCCAGAAAGAAACCCCAUAAAUGUACUGAGUGUGGGAAGAGCUUCUGUGGGCGUGCCUACCUUACUCGGCACCAACUGAUCCACACUGGGGAGAAACCCUUUAAAUGCUCUUACUGCGAGAAAGACUUCCGGGAACACAUCCACCUUUUGAGGCAUAAGAUGACGCAUACGGGAGAGUUCCCAUACAAGUGCAAGGACUGCGGCAAAGGCUUCCGCCAGUCUACCAGCAUGCUGAUGCACCAAAAAAUGCAUGUUGGGGGCAUCACCUACAAAUGCUCAGAAUGCGGGAAAAGCUUCAAGCGGCAUGCCAAGUUCAGCCAGCACCAGAAAACCCACCUGAAGGGGAAGACCUACCCUUGUUCUCGCUGCACGAUGACUUUUGAUCGGCUCGCACUCCUUUAUGACCACAAAAAGACCCAUGCGCCAGCAAAUGCUUACCGGUGCCCCUUCUGUGACAAACUCUUUCGGAACCAGUCGACCUUUGUGAAGCACAAAUUGUCUCACACGGGGGAGAGGCCCUACACGUGCUCCACAUGCGGCAAGACCUUCACCCAGUCUUCGAACCUCAACAGGCACGAGAAGAUCCACACGGGGGAGAAGCCGUACGUAUGCCAGACCUGUGGCAAGACCUUCAACCAGAGGUCCCAACUGACCCAACACCUGAACACCCACAAAGGCUUCAAGGUGUAUAAAUGCUUAGACUGCGGAGAUACCUUCACGAACCGUUCGAACCUGAUGAAGCACAAGAUGAUCCACAGGAGUGAGGAAGAGGAAACCUAAUUUGACUACAUAAAGAAA